UGGGCCCGGCGGGGCGUGCAGACGACAGCGAGCAGCUUUCAUUCAGUCACCAGAGAGACACCAUGAAAAGCAGACUGCCUUACUUCGCUGUGGGCACGGUUGUAAAAGGCUUCGGGAGGGGAUCCAAGGAGCUGGGAAUCCCUACAGCCAAUUUUCCUGAGCAUGUAGUAGAGCAGCUGCCAGCAGAGAUCCAGACAGGGAUCUACUAUGGCUGGGCAAAGGUGGACAAUGCCACCCACAAAAUGGUCAUGAGCAUUGGCUGGAAUCCUUAUUAUAAGAAUGAGAAGAAAUCCAUGGAAACACACAUCAUACAUGUCUUUGAGGAUGACUUUUAUGGGUCCGAGUUGAAAGUCGUCAUGCUGGGAUACAUCAGAGGGGAAAAGAACUUCAGCUCUUUGGAGGAGCUUAUUACGGCCAUCAAAGGUGACAUAGCUGAGUCUGACAGGCAACUAUCCCUACCAGAGCAUCAACACUUCAAAAGUCAUCCAUUUUUCACUGGGAAGUCUGAGUCCCACUGCAAUGGUUUUACUAAGGAAGAUAUUGCUAAUGGCAUCAGUAAUGGCCUUCCUGAUUCCAAAAAACUCCUCAACGGUUCUUUAGAAAAUGGAGAUAACAGUUAAGAGUACAAACUGCCUUAGAAUUUAUGGUGUUAUCUGAUUCAUAGACUUAGAGGUGCACUUUUCCUGUUAAUGGAAAAAGUCUAGGAAGAAUUUAACAACAUUUAUUAAAAAUCCCACAAAAAAAAUGUAAAAAAUUCAUGUCAAUUCAAUAAUGGAUUAUAUAUCAAUGCUGUAAUAGGAAGAGACAGGAGAAAGUAUAAGUUUCAGAUAGAUGAAUCUCUGCUACUAGUAUUUUAUUAUAUUUAGAGAUAGAAUAUUUUGAAUAAUUUUACAUAUCCAGUUAACAUUUUGUUAAGUAUUUAUAUAUGUUGGUAAUUUUUCUUUUCAACAAUUUAAAUUCAGGUAUUUACAGAGGUAUGGCCAGAAAGAGUUGAUUAACUCUUAGUUGCUGCUGUUGGGUUGGUAGACUGUGAUAAACUAAUCCUGGAAAUGGUGGCAUCCAUUCCACAUGCAACCCAUAACAGGACCACAUAAAUGUGCAAUCCUUAGGUUAACAUUUAAUUCCUUUAUUUAUUGUGCAUGUAUAAAGAGUUCACAAAUUACAUCACCAUAAUUGUUUUGUAAUGAUGUACAGUGGAGACUCAAUACUCAAACUUAAUUAAUUCCAAAAGGCUGUUCUAGUAUUAAAAAGUUUGACUGUUGAUACCUAUAAA